AUGUCAGAAAGGAAAGCCAUAAAUAAAUACUAUCCUCCUGAUUAUGAUCCCAGUAAGGUUUCGAAGGUCAAGAAACCUACGAAGAUGAAAGUCAGGUUGAUGUCACCUUUCUCUAUGAGAUGCUCAACUUGUGAUGAAUAUAUCUCAUCUUCAAGGAAGUUUAAUGCUACUAAAGAUAGUACAGGAGAUUCAUAUAUGGGGGUAAAGAUUUAUAGAUUCACAUUACUUUGUCCCAUGUGUAAUGCUAAGAUAGUGUUCCGUACAGAUCCCCAAAACAGUGGGUUUGAGCUAGAGAGUGGAGCUAUAAGGAAUUUCCAAAAGAAGAUUAAGCCUUCAGUGAUUGAGACUACUGAACAGACAUUGGAAAGGUUAUUGAAGGAAUCUAAAGAGGACAACAAGUAUAAAGAAUUGCAACAAUCAAGGAAGAAAGACCCUUUUGCUAAGAAUCAAAUAGAAGAUAAUCUUGAAUUAAAAUUGCAAGAACAACAACGACAGAAUGAAAUCAAUGAUCAACUUGAGUAUUUGAAAGCUAAGAAUGAAAGAAUUCAAAAUUUGAAUUCCCUGGAGAUAAAGAUAAAUAACAAGGAAGACGAGUUGAUCAAUGCAUUCAAUAAAUUUCAGAAAGAAAGGUCUAAUAAUCCAGAACCCAAAGUAAGAGUAAGCAAAAUCAAAGUGGAAAAGAAGAUGAAAUUAACCAAACCCCUGAAGAGCCACAAGGCCAGUACAAGUGAAGCGAUUACAGAGAAGAACAGCACCAAGACGAACCUCCCUACAAAAAAGACCACUGAAAAGAAGUCAAAGAUCGAAAUCAAACAAGGUUUAGAUUUAGGGUAUUCUUCAGAAUCCGACUAA